AUGGGUCAAAACUUGAUCUUAAACGCUGCUGACAAUGGUUACACUGUCGUAGCUUAUAACAGAACUGUCGCAAAGGUCGACGAUUUCUUGGACAACGAGGCUAAGGGCAAAUCAGUCAUUGGUGCUCACUCGAUCGAAGAAUUAUGUGCUAACUUGAAGAGACCAAGAAGAAUCAUUUUAUUAGUUAAGGCUGGUAAACCAGUUGACGCUUUUAUUGAACAAUUAUUACCUCACUUAGAAAAGGGUGAUAUCAUCAUUGACGGUGGUAACUCCCAUUUCCCAGAUUCUAACCGUCGUUACGAUGAAUUAAACGGUAAGGGUAUCUUAUUCGUUGGUUCUGGUGUUUCUGGUGGUGAAGAAGGUGCUAGAUACGGUCCAUCUUUGAUGCCAGGUGGUCACAAGGAUGCUUGGCCACACAUCAAGGAUAUCUUCCAAAGUAUUGCUGCCAAGUCUGAUGGUGAACCAUGUUGUGACUGGGUUGGUGAUGCCGGUGCUGGUCAUUACGUUAAGAUGGUCCACAAUGGUAUUGAAUACGGUGAUAUGCAAUUGAUUUGUGAAGCUUAUGAUUUAUUAAAGAGAGUUGGUAAAUUCUCCAACAAGGAAAUCGGUGACGUUUUCGCCAAAUGGAACAAGGGUGUUUUAGACUCUUUCUUAAUUGAAAUCACCAGAGAUAUUUUGUACUUCAAUGAUCCAACUGACAAUAAGCCAUUAUUAGAAAAGAUUUUGGAUACUGCUGGUCAGAAGGGUACUGGUAAGUGGACUGCUAUCAAUGCUUUAGAUUUAGGUAUGCCUGUUACCUUGAUUGGUGAAGCCGUUUUCUCUCGUUGUUUAUCCGCCUUGAAGGAUGAAAGAGUCAGAGCUUCUAAAUCAUUAGCCGGCCCAUCAGUUGAAGGUGAUGAAUCUCCAGUUCAAGAUAAGCAAAAGUUCGUUGACGACUUAGAACAAGCGUUAUAUGCUUCUAAGAUUAUCUCUUACGCUCAAGGUUUCAUGUUGAUUAGAGAAGCUGCUAAGGAGUACGGCUGGAAAUUAAAUAACCCAGCUAUCGCCUUAAUGUGGAGAGGUGGUUGUAUUAUCAGAUCUGUUUUCUUAGGCGAAAUCACAUCUGCUUACCGUGAAACCCCAGACUUAGAAAACUUAUUAUUCCAUCCAUUCUUCAAUGAUGCCAUCAAGAAGGCUCAAAAGGGAUGGAGAUCAACUAUUGGUAAGGCUGUUGAAUUUGGUGUUCCAGUUCCAGCUUUUAGCACUGCUUUAUCUUUCUACGAUGGUUACAGAUCUGCUAAGUUACCAGCUAACUUGUUGCAAGCUCAAAGAGACUACUUCGGUGCUCACACUUUCCAAGUGUUACCAGGUGAAGAAAAUGAUUUCUUAAAGAAGGACCAAUGGAUCCAUGUUAACUGGACCGGUAAGGGUGGUAAUGUUUCCGCCUCUACUUACGAUGCUUAG